AUGACUCUCCCUGCUAGCGUCAAACGGGCCGUCUUCAAGGAGGUGGGUGGGGAUCUGGUCAUUGAGAAUGUCCCACUGGAAAUGCCCCGGUCCGGGGAGAUCUUGGUCAAGGUGGAGGCUUGUGGAGUUUGCCAUUCGGAAAUCCUGGCACAGCAUAACGUCUGGGGGUUUGGAUUCCCCGUUGUCCCCGGACACGAGAUCAUCGGCCGUGUCGCCGCACUCGGCCAAGGAGUCGAGGGCUGGAAGGUCGGCGACCGUAUCGGUGCCGGCUGGCACGGAGGGCAUGACAACACAUGCGCCAUGUGCCAGAAGGAGCUUUACCAGUUCUGCCAACCGGUGAUCAUCAAUGGCAUAAGCACGAACGGUGGAUGUGAGUUUGCCCCCUUGUGCCGGUUUCCGGAGUGGCUUGCGCAGAAUGCCGGGCCGUUGACUCUCGCUACAGAUGCGGAAUACUGUCUCGUAAGGGCCGAGGCCACAGUCCGCGUACCAGAGGAUGUGGACGCGGCCAAGUACGCUCCGCUGCUGUGUGCAGGGACUACCUCAUUCUCGGCCCUCAAGACCGUCGACAUUCAACAGGGUGACCUGGUCGCCGUCCAAGGGAUUGGGGGCGUGGGCCACUUGGCCAUCCAAUACGCCAAAAAGCUGGGAGCUCGCGUGGUCGCCAUCUCGCGAGGUGCCGAAAAGGAGCAAUCGAUCCGAGCAUUAGGUGCUGACGAGUACAUCGACGCCGCCGGGGAUCAGGAUCCUGGCGAGGUGCUGAAGCAACUGGGCUAUGCCAAACUAGUGUUGACAACCGCCAUGGACACAGCCGCAAUGACACCCUUGAUCAAGGGUAUUGGCGUGCGUGGAAAGCUGAUGAUUCUCAGUCUACCCCAAGACGGAAACAUCACCGUCGAUUCGAACGACAUGAUCACUCGUGGCAUCACUAUACAAUCGUUUAAUGUAGGGAACUGCUUUGACUCUCAACAUGCAAUGGACUUUGCGCAUUCCAAGGGCGUUACAUGUGCCGUUAAAACGUUUCCUCUUGAAAAGGCACAAGAGGCGUAUGAUGCCAUGUUGCAAGGAAAGGUUCGAUACCGCUCUGUUCUGACCAUGGACUAA